AAUAUAUAUAUAUAUAUACGUUAUAUAUUCAUGUACAUUAACUAACAAGUUUUAGGUUUUUAAAAGGACAAAAGUAGAAUAUAUAUUGUUAUUUUGUUAUUUUAAUCUUGCUUAUCGUCCUUUUUGUGAGUCUACCUUUAAAUCUACCUGCCCAUCUGCUUGCCUGUCCAUAUAGCUGCUUCCCUCUUUGUGUGUCUCUCUCCCAUCCUCAGCCUUCUAUACACACAAACACCGACAUACACACACACACAUACGUACAUACAUACAUACAUACACAUUCCCUCCAAAAUCUAAUAACAUAAUCUACUUAUAAUAAUAAAAAAUUAUAUGGAUUCUUACCAUCCGUGCCAUAAUUUAAAUGAUAUAAGCUUUAAAGUGUUUAUUUUGUCGGUUUUUCGUCCUGUUCAGAGAGCUGUGUCUUUUCAUGGCUGAGACUUUUCUGGCGAGUUUUCAUACUAUGUGAAUGUUUCUAUUUAUGAAUGUGUUGAAUUACACAAAAAUGAAUCGUAGGUUUGGACGUUUCUCUGGCAGGAAAAUAGGAUUUCGAGUUGUUCUCUCGUUGAUUUUAUCGCUGUCUCUUUAUACUUGUUGCAAGUACUCAAGAAGACAAUAUUCAGCAGAAUUCGAUAAUGUUAUAGAAGUUAACAGUCCGGACAAUAUAGUCAUUGAAAAAUAUACUUAUAGAAUAGCUAUUGGUUUGGCAAUAAGUACAAAAGGAUUUCAGAAUGCUAAGCUAAAGGAUUUACCCAUUUUUACAUCCUUUUUCACAUCUUUAUGCAAUACUGCAUCAAUUGGAUAUAACUAUACAGUGUACAUAGGGUAUGACUUCAACGACCCUGUAUUGAGUAAUAUCCAAAAACUUAAUGAAUUUCACCAGAUGUUUCAAAUUAAGAGUUUGUCAUCGUGUCAAAAUAUUCCAAUAGUCUACAAAUUGAUUAAAGUUAAUUAUUCCGGAAAACCAACCUGGGUCCAAAACGACGUCAUGCAAAUUGCUUAUUUAGAAGGCAACGAUUUCUUCUACAGGCUAAAUGACGAUGUCUAUUUAAAUAGUAAUGACUGGUCGGAAAGAUAUAUUAACACUUUACAAUCAUAUAAACCAUCAUAUCUAGGAGUUGUGGGACCAACUGUUCAAGCCGUUGGUGGAAAUAAAAGAGUUUUAACAUUUGAUUUUGUUCAUAGGACUCAUCUUGAUAUAUUUGGAUAUUAUUAUCCGAGAGAAUUCCCUGGAUGGUUUGGUGACGAUUGGAUUACACACGUUUAUCAACCAUUCAAUUCUGUUAGAUUAAAAGAUGUUUCCAUAAUACAUAGUCGGGCUAAAAUUCGUUAUCAUAACCGAGCAGAGACAGUUAGAAAAAUGGAUACGAUACUAAGAAGAGAUAAGGAUAAAAUUACCGAUUAUGUUAUAUUGAAAUGUAACUAUUUAAAGGAGGAAAACUCUUUAAGGAACGCUAUAUCUAUGGACAUAUCUGACUAUAAUAUAGAUAAUAUUUAUGGAGCUGUUAGAAAUGCUUUAAAGUCUCGACUAUAUAUGAAAGAUUAUUCCUUCUUUUUAAAUGUUGAUAUAAAGAAAAUUUCAAAGGAUAUUAUAUCGACAUUUAAUAAGCUAAACAUUACCUUAAUUACUCCUGAUAAUAAUAGAUAUAUUACAGACAAGUCUAUGGGAAAAUUCCUUCCAUUGUUAAAUCGAAAACUUGAUUAUCUACAUAUCCGACACCCAUUAAACAGAUUUUCUAAAAUGGACGAAACCUUAAUUAAUGAAUUUCUAGCUUCUAAUAAAUCGUGCCAAAUAUUAUACGAUUGCUCGGAUAGAGUUGAAAGGACUCUUAAAUUACGGUUUUUGUCUUUUAAUCUGAGAAAAAUAAGGAAGAUAAUACCUUCUUUGGAAGAUCUUUUAUCCUUACCUACGAACAUGUUUACUGAUAAAUUACAUUCUCUUCUCCAACAUGAUUGCCUUCUAUAUUAUAAACAGAAUUGUAAAAACACUGGAAAAUCUAUAAGCAUAAAAAACAAUCAUCAUUUUGAUUUAUUGGAUGAGAAGUUUGAUAAAAACAGUUUAAAACUCUUAGCCUAGUCGAAAGUGAAAGGUAUUGAUUUGCUAAAUUUUCUUUACUUCUUUAACAAAAGCGUAUUCCUGUGUUUUCUUUGCUUAACUUUACUGUUAUGUCUUUCUUAUAAUCUAAUAGGAUUUUUUUCCAAAUAAAUGAAGUUAUACAUAUCAUAAAUUACACACACACACAUAUAUAUAUCACUGAAUUUCUGUCUUCCUCUAUUUGGUAAUAAUAUAGUCUUAUCAUCGUUUCCUUCUUCCUCUUUCUCUCUUAUGUAUAGAGUAUCUUGUUUUGAAAUUUGCUUGUGUUUUCCUCCAUAAAAAGGAUAUAAUUUGUUUUAAUUUGUAUUUUAUUUCAUAUUUAUAAUUACUUAAUAUUGUUCUUGUUUAAA